AUGGCGCUCAAGGAGUCGUCGCUGAAGCGUCUUUCCUACUCGGAACUGCAGCAGCUGAUGAAGCUCGAAGAGAACAGCGAGUCCAACACCUCAGAGUGCUGUCCAUCCGUCGUAGAAAUGGUCGAGCCCGUAGGUGGACGUAACGUCGAGAACAUGUACGUCGAGCUUUACAGGGACGGCGACAACGCGCAGCGCUUUUACGAGAUAUCGUGUAGGCCCGACGUCAUCGGCAAACCCUGCAAGUACAUUGAUCACAGGCUCAAAUCGCAGUCACGAUGCGUACAGCUAUUCUCGUACUCGUAUGCCAUUGUUAAAAAUACUAAGCGCCCGAGCAACGUGACCAGCUCGCCCCAGCACAACGGCAGCGGCAACCACUACAGCAAGACCAAAAGAGAACAACCGGAAAUCGACACGUACCAAAACACCACCGCCAGCACGAGCACUAGCAGUAGUAGCGGCAGUAGCAGCAGCAGCGGCAGCAACAACGGCAACACGAACACAAACACAAACACCUCGCCCUGGGCCCUGGAUUACAUUGAAGUGCGGAGUGGCUGCGGUUGUCGAAUCUUUUCCAAGCGACUACUCAAAAUGAGGCUUAAGCUCGGCGACGAUCCAACAAUUUGGCAAAGUCAUACAAAAAUUAACAAGACGAUCGGCAGGGGGAUCAAGGCGACAGCCAUGUCACGUGUCUGGGACGCCGCGCUAGGACCAGGUGCACCAGAACAGCGAGCGCUCGAGAGUCGAAACGAAGCGCCUAACACCUCGCCAUUGCUACAAAAGCAGCAGCAACCCUAA